GUACUUGGAACCUGUCUCUUCUCAUGCCACGUUUCCAUGACACUGCGUGGAAAGAUACGGCUCUCCUAUAAAAGGACAUCUCAGUGUUCCCUCGUUGUCCGUGAAACCUAACGGACCCGCCAUGAUGCUGCCGCUGUGGACAUUUGCAGUACUGCUGGGAGCCGUAGCUGGACGAGAAGUCUGCUACAAUAGACUCGGCUGCUUUAGUGAUGAUUAUCCAUAUGGAGGAACUCUGGAAAGACCUCUCAAAGUGUUGCCCUGGUCUCCAACUCUUGUCAACACCCGUUUCCUCCUGUACACUAAUGAGAACCCCAACAGUUACCAAGUGAUCACUGCAGAUGCUUCAAGUAUCAGGAACUCCCAUUUCAAAACAAGCAGGAAAACCCACUUCGUCAUUCAUGGAUUCACAGACAAGGGAGAAGACAGUUGGCUGUCCAAUAUCUGCGAGAACAUCUUCCAGGUGGAAAGUGCAAACUGCAUCUGUGUGGACUGGAAAGGCGGCUCUCGAACUGGAUACACUCAGGCAACACAGAACGUGCAAAUCGUAGGUGCAGAAAUUGCAUAUUUGGUUAAGGCCUUUCAGUCUGACUUUGGAUACUCACCCUCCAAUGUUCACCUCAUUGGCCACAGUCUGGGUUCCCAUGUUGCUGGCGAGGCUGGAAAGAGGUUGAAUGGGGCCAUUGGACGAAUCACAGGGCUGGAUCCAGCUGAACCUUACUUUCAGAAUACACCUGAAGUUGUCCGAUUGGACCCCAGUGAUGCCCAGUUUGUGGAUGUAAUUCACACAGAUUCUGCCCCUAUGAUCCCCAACAUGGGAUUAGGAAUGAGCCAAACUGUGGGUCACUUAGAUUUCUUCCCAAAUGGAGGAGAAGAAAUGCCUGGAUGCCAGAAGAAUGCUCUCUCUCAGAUUGUUGACAUGGAUGGAAUCUGGGAAGGGAGUCGUGACUUUGUGGCCUGUAAUCAUUUAAGAAGCUACAAGUAUUAUGCAGACAGCAUUGUCAACCCAACGGGCUUCGCUGGGUUCCCUUGUGCCUCAUACAGUGACUUCACUUCAGACAAGUGCUUCCCAUGCCCGAGUGGAGGGUGCCCACAGAUGGGUCAUUACGCUGACAGAUAUUCUGGGAAAACAAGUAGAGUGGGCCAGAUAUUUUACCUAAACACUGGUGAUGCCAGUAAUUUUGCUCGCUGGAGGUACCAGGUGACUGUCACCCUGUCUGGACAGAAAGUCACAGGACAUGUACUGGUCUCCCUGUUUGGAAAUGAAAGGAACUCUAAGCAGUAUGAAAUUUUCAAGGGCUAUCUCCAACCUGGAAAGACUCUUACCAGUGAGAUUGACUCUGAUGUGGAUGUCGGGGAUGUACAGAAGGUUAAAUUUAUUUGGUAUAACAACGUGAUCAACCCAACUCUACCCAAAGUGGGAGCAUCGAGCAUCACAGUGGAAAGAAAUGAUGGCAGAGUGUUCAACUUCUGCAGUUCCAGCACUGUGAGGGAGGACGUCCUGCUCACCCUGACAUCAUGUUAAGAGCCUGUUGACAAGGGGCCACUAUGUGUAGCUGCUAAUAAAAUCUGGCAGUGAA